AUGUACAGAGGACGUGGAUCACAGUUCACCGACAGAAUCUCGGAAAAUCCAAAGCCUGAUCAAUCAAAUCUUUCAGGUUACCGAAUCCCCAACCUGCAGCCGAGUUCUUCGGCGUCUUGGCAUCUCAAACUUCACCAUGUCAAGAACAUUAGUGAUGUUGUGCAUGAAACCAAGGUGCAUCAAGGAGACUGGCACGGCGUUGGCUCUGCUUCUAUUAAGCACUGGACUUACACUGUUGGAGGUAAGGUAGAGAAGUGUAAGGAGCACUUUGAAGAGAUUGAUCAUGAGAACAAGUCACUAGCAUUCAACUUGUUUGAUGGAGAUGUUGGAGACAAGUAUAAAAGCUUAAAGGCGAAGCUUCAAGUGACUGACAAGGGCAACGGUGCCCUUGCAAAAUGGACUUAUGAAUACGAGAAGCUCCGUGAGGAAGUCCCUCCGCCCCAAGCUUACUUGGACUUUGCCACUAAGGUUACUAAGGAUGUUGAUGCUCAUCUCAUGAAUGCAAAGCCCUAAAACAUCAACAACAACAAAAAUAUGGAUUUGGCUUCUGGUUAUUAUCAGGGUUUUAUGUUAACUAAGUGUGUGAACCUAUAAUAAUGGUUGUGCUGAGAAUCAAAAUGCACGUAUUCAAGUGUGUGAUGUUUUAUUAUUGUGUGCUUAGUUAUGAAAUGUUGGUUCUGUAUUGGGACAGUUAUAAUUAUUGUCUUUAUAAUUUUUAUUCAAUUUUUAAUUAGUGAUUUAUAUUUAAAA